AUGCUCUCCCGCCAGCUCCUCCGAGCCCCGUGGGUCGUCGGUAUACGCGCCUUAAGCACCAAGCCCCGGGUCCCCAUGAUGCUGAUGCUGCGUAUGACCACCAACGCCUCCGUGGCGAUGGCGUCACGCGUCGCCUGGGCGUCGAUCCGCUCCAACUCCACCAAGCCAGAACCCCCGAUUAAGACGCCCAAGCCGGGCAAGAAACAGGGCGACGGGCCCCGCAUCCGCUACCUUUUCUACAUGUUGGUGCUUUCGUGGGUGGUGCUCUACUUUGUCACCGGCAAAAUGGACAAGAAGAAGCCGCAAACCCUGUUCGAAUCAGAACGCGAGUUCCGCGAGUACGAAGAGAGAACCGGGCUUAAACGUCGGUCGAAGUUGGUCAACCACGAGCUCAACGACCACUACCGGUUUUACGUGAUUCCUUACGUUACCGAUGACGCUGUUGUCGACGAAGUUACUAAGCAGAUCAAGCAGUUGGAUCCGGCCAAGCAGGUGAAAGUCAUUGACCCUACCGCACUUAUCGCUAAGGAAAAGGAGGACGAAACCCGCCGCUACUGUUACCUCUUACAGGACCUUGAUGAGAAGCACAAAAGCUACCCUAAGGGUUUGAUCACCACCUUGAUUAAGAACGAGGUCAGAGAAUUCAUGAACACCCGUCUGGGUACCUUUGACACUAAUUUCGUUAUCAAGAACUACCCCCAAGCUACCGACGAAGCCAUCAAAUUUGAAAACGACGUCAGUGACAUCCAAAAGUGUCUCGUUGUCCAUUACGACAUCGUCAAUCACUUGCCCGAGAACCCUGAUUUGGCACGGCGUAUCAACAACGUUGUGGGUUACUUCAACACCGUUGGUCGUACCAAAGAACUCGUGCUGAAACACAACGAUCGUAUGGAUAAAGAGUUGAAAGAAAUCAUGUUGGAAGACUUGUAA